UCACAUUGCACGCUACAUUACUUUUCUCUGGUAAAUCAUUUUCCUCAUCAUCACCAUAUCUCUAGCUAAUCCAAAUCUUGUUGUGUGUUUUUGAUCAAGACAUGUUAUUCCAAGCAAGCUUCCAUGACCUGGACCAGAAGUCAUCCCUACUUGAUAUUCCCACCGCGCUAAGUCCUAAACCCAGCCUAAAGAGAUGGUACAAGGCAUUCUUUAAAAUCAAAUGCUCAAGGGUCUUCUCCUCCAUUGUUCAAUCAGACAGAGUUGUUAUCGAUAUCGAUCCGCACCCCCAUUUUCCCACAGUUGACCGACCGGUACUCACCCAUGUCGUGAAGAAGAAAGAUCUGGGCCAGCUUGGGGAAUAUAAUGGAGUCGAGGGACUUGCUUCUCAUCUGAAGACAAACUUGGAUGGUGGGAUUGAUGGAGACGCUGAGGAUGUCUCGCGACGGAACGAUGCGUUUGGAUCCAACACUUACCCAAGCCCGCCUGCGAAAAAUCUCUUCUACUUCGUGUUGGAGGCUUUGAGAGAUCCCACUGCUUUGAUACUUUUAGUAUUUUCAGCACUUUCACUUGGAUUUGGCAUCAAGGAAAAUGGCUUGGGAGAAGGAUGGUACGAUGGAGGAAGCAUAUUUGUUGCAGUCCUUAUAGGCAUAGCACUCUCCGCAAUAUGCAACUUCAGGAAAAACAGACAGUUAGUCAAGUUAUCCAGAGCAAUAAGCAAUAUCCAAGUCGACGUUGUGAGAAGCGGAAGGCGGCAGAAAGUUUCCAUUUUCGAUAUUGUUGUAGGAGAUGUUGUUUACUUGAAGAUCGGAGAACAAGUUCCAGCAGACGGAUUGUUCAUCGAUGGGCACUCGUUGCUAGUAGAAGAAUUUAGCAUAACUGGAGAAAGCGACCACGUAGAAGUUGAUCUUACGCAGAAUCCAUUCUUGUUAUCUGGCACCAAGGUAGCUGAUGGGUGUGGUCGAAUGCUAGUCACAUCAGUCGGAAUGAACACAACCUGGGGAGAAAGCAUGAGCACAAUCAGCAUGGACUCCAAUGAACAAACCCCUCUAAAAUCUCGACUCAAGAAACUCACAUCAUUACUCAAAAAAGUCGGUUUAUCCGUCGCGUUCUUAGUCUUUGUCAUCUUAAUAAUCGAGUACUUCACCGGAAACACAAAGGACGAGAACGGGAACACAGAGUACAACGGCAGCAAAACCAAAGCCAGCAACAUUAUAAACUCUGUUGUCGCAAUCAUAGCUGCUGCUGUAACUGUAGUGGACGUCGCAAUCCCAGAAAGGUUGCCCUUGGCUGUGACUGUAACUUUAGCUUAUUCGAGGAGGCAGAUAAUGAGUGAUCACGCCAUGAUUCGUAAGCUCUCCGCUUGUGAAACAAUUGGUUCGGCUACCACUAUUUGUACCGAAAAAACCGGAAUGCUUACUCUUAACCAGAUGGAGGUGACACAGUUCCGGCUUGGCCAGGAUUCUGUAAACGAAAACGGUUCCUCUUCUAUUGCAAGCAGUGUAGUUGAAUUACUCCACCAAGGUGUCGGUUUGAACACAACUGGUUUGGUUUUUAAGACCGUUUCAGGGUAUGAGUUCUCUGGUAGCCCAACAGAAAAGGCUAUUCUUUCUUGGGCUGUUUCAAAACUGAACUUGGAUAUGGACGGACUUAAGCAGAGUUCUGAGAUUGUACAUGUUGAAGCAUUCAACUCGACAAAGAAAAGAAGUGGCGUUUGGAUAAGGAAGAAGGGUGAAAACACGACGAAUGUGCACUGGAAAGGGGCAGCAGAGAUGGUACUGGCAAUGUGCUCGAAUUACUGCGAUGUCUCUGGAAACAUCAAGGUUUUGGAUGAUUUUGAAAGGAAGAAGUUUGAUCAAAUAAUCCAAGGUAUGGCUGCUAACAGCCUACGGUGCAUUGCUUUCGCACACAAGCAAGUUCCAGAACAAGAGAAUGAAGAGGGAAAAAUCCAUAUAGAGGAAAACUGUUUAACCCUUUUGGGGCUAGUUGGUAUGAAGGAUCCGUGUCGCCCGGGUGUGAAAAAAGCCGUGGAAGAGUGUCAAUAUGCGGGAGUGAACGUGAAAAUGAUCACGGGCGACAAUAUUUUCACGGCUAGAGCGAUAGCAACCGAAUGUGGGAUACUCAAGCCUAACCAGGACAUGAAAAGUGGAGCAGUGGUAGAAGGGGUGGAAUUCAGGAAUUACACGCUGGAGGAACGGAUGGAGAAGGUCGACAAAAUCUGCGUGAUGGCGAGAUCUUCUCCAGUCGACAAACUCCUAAUGGUACAGUGCUUGAGACAAAAAGGGCACGUGGUAGCGGUAACUGGGGAUGGAAACGACGACGCAGCAGCACUAAAAAAAGCCGACAUAGGCCUUUCAAUGGGGAUAGAGGGGACCGAAGUGGCAAAAGAGAGCUCCGACAUUGUCAUCUUAGAUGACAAUUUUGGGUCUGUGGCCACAGUUUUAAGGUUGGGGAGAUGUGUUCAUACCAACAUUCAGAAAUUCAUUCAGUUUCAGCUCACUGUGAAUGUUGCUGCCCUUGUCAUCAACUUUGUGGCGGCGAUUUCAGCUGGUGAGGUCCCGCUUUCCGCCCUCCAAUUGUUCUGGCUCAACUUGAUUAUGGACACUUUGGGUGCUUUAGCUUUAGCCACUGGAAAACCCACAAAGGAGCUAAUGGAGAAACCGCCAGUGGGUCGAACAAAGCCACUUAUGACCAACAUUAUGUGGAGGAACGUACUCUGCCAGGCAUUUUAUCAAACUGCCGUGAUGCUUACCAUACAAUUCAAAGGCGAAGCGAUUUUUAAUGUGAGUUCGGAAGUCAAUGACACUAUGAUCUUCAAUGUUUUCGUACUGUGUCAAGUGUUCAACGAAUUCAACGCGAGGAAACUCGAGAAGAAGAAUGCGUUUGAAGGAAUUCAUAAGAGUAAGUUGUUUUUGGUGAUUGUUGGGGUGACGAUUGUGCUUCAGGUGGUGAUGGUGGAGUUCUUGAAGAAUUUUGCAGAUACGGAAAGGUUGAAUUGGUGGCAGUGGGGAGUUUGUGUUGGGUUUGCUUCAGUUUCUUGGCCACUUGGGUGGGUUGUCAAGUGGAUUCCUGCUCCAGAGAAACCGUUUCUUUUGGGAGAGGGGGUUGUGCCUCCGGAGUUAGAUCUGGCAUCCGCCACCAACUCCGACGACGAGGGUCCACCCCUCCCUCAAACAUCUUUCUCUUCGACGCCGUCGGAGUUAGAUCCGGCAUCCCCCACCAACUCCGGUGAGGAGGUUCUACUCCUCCCUCAUACAACUUUCCCUUUGAUGCCAUUGGAGAUAUGUUCGGAACGACGAAGUGUGUCCCGCAACUUUGGAGUCUAUUCAGACGACAAAGCAACAGAGACGACAAAGCAACAGAGCAAUCGGGACCGGCACUCGACAGAGAAAACCGAUUAGGAGGUUCUUUUCUUUCUGUUUUAGGGUUUUGUUCUCUCUCUUUGUGGAUAGUUUUCUCCUUUUACGUAGUUUUUUGCAUCUUUCUCGGAUAGUGAUUUUUUGUUUGUGUCUUUACGAAUUUCAUUUGUGUUGGUUUUCAUUUGUUGGGAUCUCUGGCUUCUCUUACUUAACUGGGAGUACUAUUUCAGAAUUU